CGUGAUAACUGUCCAAGAUUGACUGGUUAUUCAGGUUCAAAUUUAGAAACAGUCUGCUUGCUUCACAGAGAGAAUAACGUUACACUUUCAGGGCGUUUAAGGGAAAGGACUCGAAAUGGACAUGAAAAUUGGUCAAAAGGAGAAACGUAAGUUCGCUCCUCCAUCAGCUCGUGACAAGCAGCCUCAUGGAAAAGAAAAGAGCGAGGAUGGAGAAGACACGAAAAAAGAAGUAAAAACCCAUAGAGAGAUGGAAGAAAAGACGACAACAGAUACACUCGAACAGGACAUUGUUGGUAUCAAAAAGACGAGUGAGAAGCACACGCCUUUAGCAGGUCUUAAUAAGAAAGGCACAGGAGAAAAAAAUAAGGCAGGAAAUACAAAAGUUAUUACUGAAGGUGGUCAAGCAGGGGAUAGGCCCAUGGAAAAUUCUAUUGUAAGUCAGUCUCUCUCAGAUGAUGGACCAGAGGGGGAGGUCACCGGACAGAAAGAUAAAAAGGAGAAAGUGAAGAAUAAACAGCAAGAACCAGCCACAGGUGGAGACAAAGAUACAAAUGGAAUGCCAAGUAAAAACAAACAUUUGCAGAAGACAGGGGAGAGUGCACAAAGAGAGAAGAAGGAGAAAAAGAGGAGAGAAAAUGCUCCAGUAGCAUUGACAGACAGUCAAUAUGAAGAUCUCUUUGAUAGCGUAUUGGGUGCUGCACAAUUGGAGACCUGCAUGGAGGAUGCCAGAGCCAUGCUGAGUGAGGUGGAGUUGUUGCAGGCUAGCAUAGACCAGGAAGUGAACAAGAUGAGGGAAGAGAGGGAGGAUGACGAACGGGAGAUCUAUGAGGACAGGACAGAGAAGAUGCACCAUCGCCACAAAGAAAGAGAAGAGAAAGGUGUGAAGAGUGGGAGCCAGAAGAGGAGAAAAAAGGAUGAUAGCGAGGCAGAUGAAUAUGAUUCGUGGGUUCAGUGCAGUAGAGUAGAAUGUAAGAAGUGGAGAAGGCUGCAGGACUAUACAGACCCUUCAACCCUACCCAAAAACUGGACCUGUAGAGAGAACACGGAUUUGGCUCGUAGCAGUUGUGAUGCCCCAGAGGAAAGUUGGAGUGUGAGUAAGGAGGAGGAGUUCUACUACUGCAGCCUUGUGCCUGGUUCACUGGUGUGGGCCCAGCAGACUGGAUACCCCUGGUGGCCAGCCAUGAUUGAAAGAGAUCCGAUCACCAAUGACUUCUUACAGUUCAAGACAAAAAAAGAUCCCUUUCCUUGUAAGUGCCAUGUGACAUAUUUGGGGAGCCCAGCGUCUCGUGCAUGGGUGCAGCGCUGCAGAAUACUAGACUACAACGACCUUCAAGAGCAGACUGCCCUCAAUAUGGCGAGGCAGCAGGUGUAUAAAAGGAAAUUGAGGGAUGCAAUAAAGAUGGCUGGACGUGCACAGAAACUCGCUCUACAGAAACGUUUGAACAGGUUUGGGUUUAUGACACGCCGAGCAACAGAUGGAGAGAACUUGGAAGAGGAUAGUGACAUUGAAGAAAUGUUAGCGUUAUUCACAGAAUCCAGCGGAAAGGGGAAUGAAGGGAGGAAGAGAGGAAACUCUGACUCUGGCAAUGAGGAGGUGGGGCGUCCACAUAAACAGAGGAAACAGACAGAAGACAGAGUAGAGGAACCGAAAGAGGACGUCAUAAGAGAAUCAGAGAUCAAGAGUGAAACAGAAACCACAGGAGAGGCAGGAAAGACAGAAAAUGAAGAGAAUAAACAGGAGAAGUGUGAGAUGGAGGAGAAGAGUCUGAUAAAGAAACCUAGGAAGGGGGCAGAUCGAUACAGAGACAAGGAGAAUGAGAAAGUGACUGGGGAGAAUAAGAUGAAGAAGCCAGCAAAAGAUAAAAAGGAAAAGGAGAGCAUGAAGAAAGGCUUGGAGGAAGGAAAGAAGGGAACAGAAAAAAAGGACAACCAGAAGAAGGGAGCCAACCUCGCACGCAAGAAAGGGACAAUAGUGAAAGUAACCUUUCUUACACAUGAGCCAGAUAGAUGCGAAGAUGAGAAGAUUGAGAAUAGAGUGGGAGAAGAGCAACAGCAGUGCCCAGCCAAACAGUCAGAGAUGCAGACUACACCUAGUAAACAAGAUGAGGAGAAGACUGAAAGUAAAGAGGGAAAGGUGAAAAAACAACAGCAGUGCCCUGUGAAAGAGUCAGGUGACCAGGCAGUACCUGAUAGUGCUGUGGAAACCAGUCCUGAUACAGUCUCUGGUUACCAGGAGGAAGAAAGGGAUGAGGAAAAGGAAACAAAGAGAGAGGAUACAGAACGGAUGCAGGAAGAAGUGGAUGGAGAGGAAAAAUCAGAGGGAGGUACUCUAGUGGAGGUCGAGGAAAGCAUUAAGAAAUUGAGGGAAGAGGAGAAAAAGGAUGGAGAGAAGGGAGCAAAGGAUGAGGAAGUAGCGGGAAAAGAGAAGACAGAAGAGAGACAGGAGCCAGAGAAGUGUAUGGUUGAGGGUCUGGGGUUGAGUGAUGAUGAUGAUGGUGUUGAUUUCCUGGACACGGAUCUGGACAUUAUGGGCUGCAAGGAUGACCUGAUGAAGAGACUCGCUUGUGCUGAAGAAGAGGAGGAGGAGGAUUUCUCCACCAUAUUCUUUGAAGAGUAGAGGUGACUAACCAUACACACCACACUUAUGUGCCGUACAGACUUCACAAACCUAAAAUGUACCUCUCUCCGAUAGAUAUAUAGAUCUCUGAUUGCUCAUUUUUGCUCCCCCUCACUUCUCCACUAUCUCUACUCUCUCUCCUCAUUUGUCUUUUGGGGUCUCACGCUCCUUAUAGAUGUGAGUGUCUUCUUUUUUUACUCUAGUUACACCAGCCACCCUUAAUCUUCAGGGAUUUUCAAGCACUUGUUCAUGUUCAUGUUCAUUUAUCUCCAUUUACAAUUAUUUACUGAAAUAUUGCAAUGAUUUGUUUGUUAUACAUUUUAAAUACAUUUUAACUACA